GCAGUCGCGAAGUCGAGGGGCGCCGGGCCGGAGCCCAGGACAAACCAGAGACAAGAGAAAGUGGGGGCGCAGCGGCGACGCUUCUGAAACCCGGGCGGGCAAGGGCCUGAGGGUGUCCCAGGUCAGGGAGGACAAGCGGGGCGCAGAGGGUUGCAGGGGACUCUGGGGUCGAGGACGGGGCGUCGCGGGGAGCCUGGCUGUAAAGCAGAGGCUGCCCAGGAGCACGGAGUGUGAGGCCUGGAAAUCUGCGAGGGUCCCCUGGAGACCACGCCUCCGCUAGGCCCUGCCUCAGGCGGCAGAGUUCACCCACCACGCCCAAGAGAGCCCAGGCGCACUGCGGCCCCACUGUGCCCAAACCAUGCCGGUGUCUGACCAGGCGUUCGUGACUCUGGCCACCAAUGACGUCUACUGCCAAGGCGCGCUGGUCCUGGGACAGUCCCUGAGGAACCAGCGUGCGACCAGGAAACUGGUGGUUCUCAUCACCCCACAGGUGUCCAGUCUGCUCAGGGUUAUCCUCUCGAAGGUGUUUGAUGAGGUAAUUGAGGUGAACCUGAUCGACAGUGCAGACUACAUCCACCUGGCCUUUCUGAAGAGGCCUGAGCUUGGGGUCACGCUCACCAAGCUUCACUGUUGGACCCUCACCCAUUAUAGCAAGUGUGUCUUCCUGGAUGCAGAUACUCUGGUGCUAGCCAAUAUCGAUGAGCUGUUUGAUAGGACAGAGUUUUCUGCAGCCCCCGAUCCCGGAUGGCCGGACUGCUUCAACAGUGGUGUUUUUGUCUUCCAACCGUCUCUGGAGACGCACGGCCUCUUGCUGCAACAUGCCACAGACCACGGCAGCUUUGAUGGGGCGGAUCAAGGCUUACUGAAUAGCUUCUUCAGUAGCUGGUCAACGGCAGACAUCCACAAGCACUUGCCGUUCAUCUAUAACUUGAGCAGUAACACGGCAUACACCUACAGCCCUGCUUUCAAACGAUUUGGUUCAAGUGUGAAGGUGGUCCACUUUUUGGGGCCCACAAAGCCAUGGAACUACAAGUAUAACCCCAAGACGGAGUCGGUGUUGGAGGAGGGCUCUGGGUUGGCCAACCAGCACCAGACAUCCUUCCUUAACCUCUGGUGGAAAAUCUACCAGCACAGCAUCCUGCCUCUUUACGGAAGCUUCCAGGUUGAGGAAGAACGCGCAUCUCCAGGACACUCCGCUGGCAUCAGGGAGCUGUGUACAAAACCAUCAGCAGGGUCCAGCCAGCCUUGGCCUGCUGAGGGUCCUUCAGAGCAGACUGUGGUCACGGAUGACACCCCACCCUCACCCAAGGGAUGCCAUUCAGAAGAUAUGAUAGGGUGGCCUGAACUUGAGACAUCCGCUGGAGUGAGGUGUGACCCAUUGUCGCCACCCUCCCCCCAAUGUGCAGACUCCUCAGGGACCCAGACCUCCUCGCAGCCCGUGGAUAAAGCAGAAGGUGGCCCAUCUGUGGAAAUCUUGGAACAAAGCCAGGAGCCCCCUGUGGAUGUCACCGGGGACCCCAUUCCUCAGGAUUCUUUGGAGGUUGAUCUGGCCAUGUCUGUUUUCGAGAUUUCCAUCGAAGAGAAGGUCAAGGAGCUGAGUCCCGAGGAAGAAAGGAGAAAAUGGGAGGAGGGACGCAUCGAUUACAUGGGGAAGGAUGCGUUCGCCCGCAUCCAGGAGAAGUUGGACCGGUUUCUGCAAUAAAUCCAGGGGUCACGUUGUGCUGUGUGUGGUUAGGCAGUGUUCUGUUGCAUGGUCCCGUGAGCACAGACAUCUCCAGGCCCUUCGGAGGGAACAGGUGUUCAACCAUGUGCCUCUAUUUAUGGCUGACCAACUUGAGUGCCUCACAAAAUAAUGUAGACCAUAAAAAUCCCAGCUUAAAACCCCCCUACCCUCCUGCCCUGCUGAUCCAAGCUAUCCAUGCCUUCUUGGCUUCCCUGAGACAUCAUUCCUUCUCUGCAAAUGGGAGCAGGGAUAAAAUUCUGGUAGACCCUUGUUCAUGCUCUCUGGUCUUGCUUCAAGGAGCUCCAAGAUGCUGCCUUGGGCAAUGCUACCAUCUCUAUCCCACGUAAGGUUGGACAUCCCUGCAGAUUCUCUUCUGCCUCUAAGCUAGUGACACCAGUAUAUGUAUUCAGGACCUCAGGAAGCCUCGAUGAUGGAAAGUCCUUUCCCUAGGGACUGGAUAGACGUUCAGACAUCUUGGGGCUAACUCUCGUGUAGACUUUGUGGAGCAUGUCUGAGCAACACACAGCUGUUGUUUCUCUUCUGCAAAACCUGGUGGGACUGCCAAGUGCUGUUGGCGGAUGCCCGACUUGAGAAAUGCUGGUUGUAACAUGGAAGCGAGAUUCUAGCUGCCGUGGCAGAUGGGGUGUCUUCUUGGUUGGAGAGAACCAAGGGUUUACUCUGGGUGGUUCUAAUGACACCUCACUCACAUGAGGAGGAUCUGGAGAGGGUCUUUGUGUAGAGGCGGAUCUGUUUGCCGUCCAUCACAAUUGACUGUGCUCUGCUGGAUAUCACUACCUCAGUCCUAAGUAACGAGUCAAGUCACCGUGUUCCUCAGACCAUUUCAGUGCUGCUGUUUGGGGGAGAAUUCUCAGUUUUAUGAGACUGGAUGCUUUAUUCUACGGGAAAUCUUCAUCUUCAGAAGUAUCCUAAUUUUGUGAAUUUAUGCAGUGUGUUGGAACAGCUCUCACAGUGUCACAGCUCGUGGCCACCUCCUAAAAGUGGGAACCACCAUGCUAAAGAGAGGGAAAUGUGAUUUUUUUUUUAAAGUUAGAAUGGUUUGUUUAUCAUGCACAUACUGUGGAACAUCAAAGGGUUUCCUACAGACAGGUUUGGACCACAUCGUGGUGGCUAUGCUCUAACGUGGUGGGUGUGUUUGGCCACUUUGACAUUGUGUCAAGCAGGUGAGCCCUUGGGUAGGGGAAUCUGGGGGAGUGCUUGACGGUAGUUGUGGUGUGAGCUGUUUUGCAAGACAGGAGUUACGGAGGGGUGGUUUCCUUUGUGUCUGGGUGGCUAAUGGUCUGCUGUCAUGGUUGGGCAUCACACACAUGAUGCUUCUGGGGCUAAGUGAAGAUAUAGCCUUUAUAGGGAUUGAGUUGGAAUAGUAAUCAACCAUUAUAGUAACACUAUAAACUUGUUCUGGGGAAAGACCAGGCGUGCUGGGUGCUGUGGUGUUGGGUUACGAAAAGCAGGAGCCCGAGUCUGACAUACUUGAGGAGGAGGAGUCCAGGUGAUGAAUAUUUGAGUCUGGUUCAGCUUCUGUGGGGAAGAGAACUCCUGUUUCUGGACAGCAGUUCAAUGGCUUAAGGUGUCUGUUCAACACAGACUUCUGUUAUGCAUUCUGGUCUAUAUCUUCUGAUUUCAAUGGAUGCUAAUGCACUUCAAUUAAAAUUUUAAAACAGCA